UCACCUCUCAUCCUUUUCUCCUCCUCCUCCUUCUAUUCCUUCACCCCCCUCCUCCUUCACCCCCUUGGGUCCUGAGAUGUUCAGCCUCCAGGACAGCAGCCUUCCCCGCGGGGCCACGGCGGGCCUGAAGGAGGAGCCGCUGGUGGUGCGCUCCUGGAUGCACUCAAGCGGCGUGGUGGACGCCAACACGGCGGCUCAGAGCGGAGUGGGGUUGGCGCGCGCUCACUUUGAGAAGCAGCCUCCCUCCAACCUGAGGAAGUCCAACUUCUUCCACUUUGUGCUAGCGCUAUACGACCGGCAGGGCCAACCGGUGGAGAUCGAACGCACGGCCUACGUCAAUUUUGUGGAGAAAGAAAAGGAGCCGAGUGGAGAGAAAACCAACAACGGUAUUCACUACAGGCUGCAGCUGCUCUUCAGUAACGGAGUGAGAACAGAACAAGAUCUCUACGUCCGUCUGAUCGACUCCAUGACGAAGCAGGCCAUCAUCUAUGAAGGACAGGAUAAGAAUCCAGAGAUGUGCAGAGUUCUGCUGACUCAUGAAAUCAUGUGCAGUCGCUGCUGUGAUAAGAAGAGCUGUGGGAACAGGAACGAGACGCCAUCAGACCCCGUCAUAAUCGACAGGUUCUUCCUGAAGUUCUUCUUAAAGUGUAACCAGAACUGUCUGAAGAACGCUGGGAACCCACGAGAUAUGAGGAGGUUCCAGGUGGUCGUUUCUACGACAGUAAACGUUGAUGGUCACGUCCUUGCCGUCUCCGAUAACAUGUUCGUACACAACAACUCCAAACAUGGCCGCCGAGCCCGGAGACUGGACCCGUCUGAAGCAGCCACUCCCUGUAUCAAAGCCAUUAGUCCCAGUGAAGGAUGGACGACAGGUGGAGCGACCGUCAUCCUGAUUGGAGACAACUUCUUUGAUGGCCUACAAGUUGUCUUUGGCACCAUGCUGGUGUGGAGUGAGCUGAUCACUCCACACGCUAUCCGGGUACAGACUCCUCCUCGUCACAUCCCCGGUGUUGUCGAGGUAACACUGUCCUACAAGUCCAAGCAAUUCUGUAAAGGAGCACCUGGACGAUUUGUUUACACAGCUCUCAAUGAGCCCACCAUCGAUUAUGGCUUCCAGAGGUUACAGAAAGUCAUUCCUCGUCACCCCGGAGACCCAGAGAGGCUGCCUAAGGAGGUGCUGCUGAAGAGAGCAGCCGACCUGGUUGAAGCUCUUUAUGGGAUGCCUCACAGCAACCAGGAGAUCAUCCUGAAGCGAGCGGCAGACAUCGCCGAAGCUCUCUACAAUGUUCCCAGGAACCACAACCAGAUCCCAUCGCUUGGCAACAGCGCCUCCCAUGGCAUGAUGGGAGUGAACUCUUUCAGCGGACAGCUGGCCGUCAAUGUCUCUGACAGUACACAAGUUGGUUACAGUCGGAACACCAGCAGUGUGUCGCCUAGGGGAUACAUCCCAAGCUCCACCCCUCAACAGAGUAACUAUGGCAACACUGUCAGCAACAGCAUGAGCGGCUACGGCAACACCGGCAUGCCAAACUUAGGAGUGGCAACGUCUCCUGGCUUCCUCAACGGGUCGUCCGCCAACUCUCCCUACGGCAGUAAGUAUCAAGUUGUCCCGUCCAGUCCCACCAUGGCGGUGUCCAAUUGUAACUCUGCUCAUGGAGUUUUCGCCUUCUCGGCUACCGUCAAACAAAAAAGCGCUUUCGCUCCCGUCGUCCGACCGACGUCUUCGCCUCCUCCAACCAACUGCUCCGGAAACAACUCCAAUGGGCUGCAAGCGAUGUCUGGCCUCGUCAUUCCGCCGAUGUAAAACUUCCUCCUCUUGGUUCCUCGUCCCUCCCCAUCAGCCAAGAGCACCAAUCAUCUCAGAGGAGGUUGGGUCUCAGGUAGCAUGCUGGAGUUCUGAUGCUGUCCAUCCAAGAUAUAAAAAAGAAGCUGCUGUUUCUGAUUGGACGGAGAAGAAGAUGAAUAAAGAAAUUGUCAUGGACUUGACAUUACACACUGUGUUUCAGUAAAAACUGUGAGGUCACACAUAUAAAGUGACAUCACACCUGCUGAUUGGUCCCCUGCUGAAGGGAUCCAAACAUGAGUACACUGAAUAUCUCUGAGAGACAAGGACGCAGAAGGCUGCCUACGUCCUCAUCCCUCAGAAAGAGGACACUUCCUCUUCAUCCAGAGCAGGAGGAGAGUGUUUUCUACUUAAACUCUGUCAGGGAACAAGGAAGUAGGUCAAUGGCCAAUCAGAAUCAAGCAUAGUAACCGAACUAUGUUUCACCUAGGCUUACAAAUUUGGGAGGGGGUUCCCUGCCUGGAAAUAAAAAUGAUGGUGUUGUCAGUGUGACGCACACUCUCUGUCCGAUGGUGGGCGCUCACAACAGCGUGCACGUGUCUGUUUGUGCCCCUCAGCACAGAACUCGGCCGUGCGCAGAGAUUACUUGCUAAUUGUAAACAGAAAAAAAAGAGACGUCGGGGAGCAGGGGUGCCGGUUGGAGGUUCACCCCCACCCUCCUAUAUAAUAGUAGGGAAAACACGGGAAGGGGCUCCGUGGUCUGGUGGUUUUAACAGUGAACUCAGCACAGAGAGCACAGUGGGUGAAUAAAAGGAUUAUGAAUGAACCUUAUAGUUGUGGUCAAAAGUUUACAUACACUUGUAAAGAACACAAUGUCGUGGCUCUCUGGAGUUUCCCGUUAUUUCUACGAGUCCGACUUUUCUCUGAUAGAGUGAUUGGAACAGAUACUUCUUUGUCACAAAAAACAUUCAUGAAGUUUGGUUCUU